AUGGAUGAUAUAGAUCUGGCGGUGUUGAAUGUUCUGGAAACUAUGUUAAUGACGUCGACGUAUCUCGGUUUUCUCGUGGUGGCCAAGCGUAGCAAUGAAUUGAAGAACGUGAUUAUCAGUAUGAGAAAAGAAAUCGCUGAUCAAAAUUUAACCGAGAACGUCGAGGAGAAGCGUUUGUACUUCAGUUACAACAACAUUUCGUGUAAUAUCAGCAAAUACAUGUCACUUGCAUCGUUGUUCACAGUUACUUUGAUGUAUGCCCGUCCUUUUGUAGACUUGCUCGUUGCUUUUGAUCCAGGGAAUAGUAGUACCAUGCCAUAUCACCUGCCUUUUCGAGCUCACAUCAUCUUCGACUAUAAUUCACCCCGGCUCUAUACACUCGUGUACGUGUAUCAGUUUCCUCUUAUGUACGUACCCCUGCUCCACGUAGCGGAAGUAGGUUUAAUAGUCAACUUGACUCUGCAUCUCUGCGCCAAAUUAUCAAUACUCGUCUAUCGUAUUCGAAAUAUUCGAAUAGACUCAACAAAAUCAUUUAAAGAUGGCAUCAAACAAACAGUGCUCAUGCAUUUGGAGCUGAAAGACAACAGUUCGAGAAUAGUUUGUCGAAAAAUAGUCUUUUACAGGUAUUCGGAAACGUUAAACAACAAUUUCAAUAUGAUGCUUCUGAUAGAACUCGUGAGCUGUGGUGUCAGAUUGGGCCUAUCGUUAUACCUCGUACUAAUCAAACUCGACGUUGACAAAAUCGCUACAAUCAAUUUCAUCAUUCACACCUUUGUUGUAGGUAGCUUUUUAUACUUGUAUUCCUACGUAGGCGAACAAGUAGUAUACGAGUCCCAACAAUUGAGUGACGCAUUCUAUGAUAUUCGCUGGUCAGAUAUUGAAGGCAACGAAAGAAAAGCGUUGAUAAUGUGUAUGAUGAAUGGACAAAAAACGAUGCACAUCACGGCUGGGAAAUUUUAUACUUUUUCGCUGUUCGGUUUUACCGAGAUUGUAAAAUCUUCUAUGGCGUGUUUCUCCAUGCUACGGGCCGGAAUGUAA